AUUUUUAUCUUUUGGUAUAAAAUAUGUCACGCUUCCGCUUCUAUCAUUCAUCUUUCGAUUUUUUAACAUAUAAUUUGCAGGACAAAAAUAAGCAAUACAACCAUGAGGCUUUCAUUGCUGCUAUUAUCAGCAUUGGUUGGACUAAGUUUACAACAAUGUGACCCGAAAAGAUGUACCAUUCCCAACUGCCGCUGUUACGACGAUCGUACCAUACCCGGUAGUUUAUCGAAAUCAGAAACACCACAGAUCGUAAUGGUGUCGUUUGAGGGAACAAUAAACUCGGAUAACAUAAAGGAUUAUCUUCCAAUUUUUCAAAGUGUUACUAAUCCAAAUAAUUGUCCUGCUAGAGGAACAUUUUUCAUUGAAGAUUCUGGGACAGCGUACGAUCUAGUAAAAGACAUCAGUAGUGAUGGCCAUGAAAUUGGGAUAUCGUCGGUUGACGGGAAUGCCCCGAGUUCUUCUACUGGCUGGAUAGAUAUGAUCAAAAAAGUAUCCUCGGAACUUGAAGGACACAAUAUUGAUUUAAAGGAAGUGAAAGGCGUGCGAGCACCACAACUUGCAAUGGGUGGAAAUGCUGAGAUGACUGGUAUCGGGAGCAGCAACCUAUUAUAUGAUUCAUCAUGUUCAAGCGUGUCAUUCUCUUCCGCAAACACAUUAAUCUGGCCGUACACGUUUGACUACAUGCCGACAGCUGCUUGUGAUAACGGAAACGCACCUACUUUGCCUUUCCCAGGGAGGUGGGAAGUGCCCAUAGCAGAUCUACAUGAUAUCAAUGGUGACAAACUACCUUGUGUUGUACCUUCUGGUUGCCGGAACAUAACAACGAAAAGGGACGCUUUCGACAUAUUUUUUAAUGCAUUUGCAGGUCACUAUAAUGGUAAUCGAGCUCCAUUUCUUAUGAUUGUUGAUCCUUCUUGGGCAAGUAACCAGGACAAACGGGACGGAACAGCUGAAUUCUUACAGUAUAUUCGAUCAGCAUUUACGAAUGAAGUUUGGAUUGUCCCGAUACAGAAGGCUUUAGAAUGGAUACAAAAACCUGUUCCAAUUGCAGAACUAAAUGACUUUGCACCGUGGCAGUGUAAAUGAGCUUUUUGUACUGUAUCAUAAACAUUUAUAACAUUUUAUUAUCAAUUAUCGGUCAAUAACCAUUAUAAUAAACAAUGUUUUGAAAUAGAGAACUAGUUCAACUCGACAGCGAAAGAAAAAAAAAAGAGAAUAAUGACACUUUAAGGUGAUAUAAAUGUGAAACAAAAUGAAAGUUCGUCUAUAAUAAAUAUUAUCAUGUAA